GUUCAAGGAACCCUUGACCUGCAAGCUGCAAUUUUCUUUGGUCGUAUAAUCGUCAAGAAAAAACCCUAAAAACACAGAGUGCAAGGGAACGCAACCAAGACCUACACUGAUUGUCGUCUUCGGCGAUGGCGAAGUCGCAAAGAUCGAAAAGGGAGAAGAGAUUGAGGACGAUCAGGAGAGAAAUUGCGGAGCCUUUCUAUGAGAAGAAAGAAGCAGCAAAGCUCGCUGCUCAAGAAGCUGCCCUUGCUUCUCCAAAGCUGCCUGUACGUUCGCACACCACCAAUACCACCACCGGAAUGGAAACCACCUCUACCAAUACAGGCAUGGAUAUUGAGAUGGCUGAUAGUAUUGCUGCAUGUAAUCAGAACUCAAGCUCCCUAAAACCAGCUGGUGGUGUAGGAAAGAAGUUGAAGAAGAAAUUGAAGCUAAAAAAAGGCAAGCGCCAUGGUAAGGGAAAGGGUAGGAGGAAUUGAGGAAACACAACGUUUAAACCAUGGUCCUCUAAUGACAGUAAGCAUUUUUCUGUUUUUUGUUUCGGUUUUUUUUUUUUUUUUGUUUUAACUAUGAGAGUUCGGAUGCUUCUUUAUUUCUUCCGUUUUUUUUUUCAAGUAUUUGAUUAAACCUAGUUGGUUUCAGUCUUCACACAAAGAUCCUCACCUUCAGCAAUUUUCUUUUUAUUUUCAACUUCUUAAGAUGGAUGUGUUGCAGCGGUUUUAUGGAAGUUAUUAUUUUUGUUAAAAAAGAAGCCCUUCAAUGAAAAUUUAUUUUUAUUUUUCUCAAGUGGGGAAUGGAUCGAUCGGUCUGUCUAGACUUCAGAUUGUAUUGUUGCUCGGCUUCGUCGCGUUCACGUAAGGAAGCUUUAAACUGAGCAAUAGAGAGAAGUCAGAGAACAGAAAAGGUGAAGUCCGGAUUUUCGGAGAAUCUGUUGGCUUCCAGAGUCCAUAGAUAAGGCUCCUCUUAUUAGGAUUCACAGCCCUGACAAUCGCAAGAACCUUCUAUGGGCAGGUUCUUACAGAAUUAAAAGAACUGCGACCUCUGUAACCUAUUUCUGCUUGCUUACAAAUCUUCCCCUUGUAAUUCUUGCAUAUUCUUCCUUUGGUGUUGCAAAGUGUCUUGACUUUAUAUAAAUAAGAUAUACAACAAGAAUAUUAUUAGUAUUGA